UCGCGAAGUAGCGUCACUUCCGGCGUGUGCGUCUGGCGUUCGGCCGCCGCGGGAUGGCGGCUCUGAGGAGCUGGGUGUCGCGGAGCGUAACCUCCCUCUUCAGGUACACACGGUGUGUUCCUGUCGUGGCUAACUUUAAGAAACGCUGCUUCUCAGAAUUGAUAAGACCAUGGCACAAAACUGUGGCAGUCGGAGUUGGUGUGACCUUGUGUGCAGUUCCUAUUGCACAGAAACUGGAGCCUCAUUCUCUUAGUAAUGAUGCGUUGAUGCGGAGAGCGGUGUCUCUGGUGACAGACAGCACCUCCACCUUUCUCUCUCAGACCACGUACGCACUGAUUGAAGCAAUCACUGACUAUACUAAGGCCGUUUAUACCUUAAUUUCUUUGUAUCGACAAUAUACAAGUUUACUUGGGAAAAUGAAUUCACAGGAGGAAGAUGAAGUGUGGCAGGUGAUCAUAGGAGCCAGAGUUGAGAUGACGUCAAAACAGCAAGAAUACUUGAAGUUGGAAACAACUUGGAUGACCGCACUUGGUCUUUCAGAGAUGGCGGCAGAAGCUGCGUACCAGACCGGAGCAGACCAGGCCUCUAUAACUGCCAGGAAUCACAUCCAGCUGGUGAAGUCCCAGGUGCAGGAGGUGCGCCAGCUUUCCCAGAAAGCAGAAACCAAGUUGGCAGAAGCACAGACAGAGGAACUCCGGCAGAAAACUCAGGAGGAAGGGGACGAGAGGCCAGAGCCGGAGCAGGAGGCCUACCUGCGAGAGGAUUGAGUGCCUGAGCCGCCGCUGUCCACGUCUUCGGGCCCCAUCCCAGGGCCACCCAGCCCAGGAUCGCCGUGGCUUUCUCUGCACAGAGAGGAGGCAGCGGUCCUGCCCUGGCCCAUCAGGCCAGAGGCCGUAGCUGUGAGUGCCUGACCCCUUUCCCCAGGGACCUGAUUCUUAGCCCCAAGGCCCUGCACCCUGUUUAACAUUUGACCCCCACCCCCUCACCACAGCUUCCCACCCGCCAGUCUUUUUACCUCCACCCAGAGCAUCUCAGCAGCCUGGCCAGAGAGAAGGGUCCUCUUCGGUCCUGCCCACAAGUUCAGUAGUUUAACCUGUUUGCAGUCGUAUUCACAUUUUCAAAUCUGAUUUAGUCUUUGUUCCCUCCAUAAGGAUGUGAGUUUUUUGGGGAACGGGGAGCCUGUUGAUAAGAUUUCUUUUUAAGUGUUUCCCAUCCUGUCAUCUGGCCUCUUUGCCUGUAAGGACAACUGAAGCCGAGGAGCCAAACAUCCAUUUUACUUUAACAGUAUUUACCUGGUGCUCAACAGGACAUAUUCCAACACA